AUGAAAGUAUUUGAAGCAGACUAAAAACGUUUGAAGAGUAUUUUGCAAACCUAUGAAGAGAAGAAGUCUGAUCUGGUUGAAAGAGAAAAGAAAGAGAGACUUGAUGUUAUCUCAAUGACUAAAGAUUGUUUUACGCUUUUCAAGAUUGAAUAUAAUGAUUAGACUAGUAAAUUUGAAAAAGGAAUAUUGAACAAUGAUGUGAGUAUAAAUGAUAUGGACAAUACAGUUGAAACUAACCAUAACAUCUCUAGAAUGAACCUUAACUACUAGGAUAAUGAAAAAAAUGAAACAGUAUCUGCUUUUAUGAUGGAUGAUGGUAGAGAUAUAAGGAUGAAACAUGAAAAGUAGCAUGAUUUUGAUGGACUUAUAAACUAAAUAGUAUUGUAUCGUGAUUUUAAAUCAUUUAUAAUAGGUUAAGAGAUUAGAGUAAAUUGA